AUGGAAGAAGAGACCACUAGCACAGAUACUCUAUCCGAAGGAACUGACAUUCUCGACCCCAGAGUCUGCAAGAGCUUCUUUGCGGGUAACUGUGAAGCUGGCAAGUUAUGUACUUUUAAACACACUUUUCCCAUCCGUGAGGUCGUUUGCAAAUAUCAUCUUCUCUACAAAAACUGCUCAAAGGGCUCUCUUUGUCCUUUUCUUCAUGAAAUCACUGAAGAUAAAAUUCCUGACUCCUUCGUAUACUAAAAAUCUCAAAAUUAGCUUAUUUUAUAUAUAUAAACUGCAAAAAAAUAUUUUUUUAUGAGGAGAGUGAGUGCCGCAACUUUAUGAUUGAUGGAGAAUGCAAGAACCCAGACUGUAAAUUUAAACACAGUGCUGAAAGACGCGAGCAAAAAGAAUGCAUCUACUACAAGAUGGGAUUCUGUGAGCAAGGCAAGUUCUGCAAAUUCAAGCACAUCAGAAGAGAAGUCUGUCUGCAGUAUGCUGAAACUCAAGCCUGCAUAUUAGGUAACGCCUGCCCUAAGGAGCAUAUUGAUUAUAUAGACGAAGCUUAUUUGGAGGAUGCCUUUUAUAAAUACCACCCAGACGCAAAAGACGUGAAUUACCAUCAGGCUUUUCAGCUCUGCUUUAGGUGCAUGAAGUUUGGCCAUAUACCUGCUAAGUGUACGGAGCCAGUUGAGCAGAAAGUAAAAGGAGUGAGGUGUUAUAGAUGUUCUGAAUUUGGCCAUAAAUCCAAUCAGUGCUUUUAUCAGUAUUAG